GCUUAACUGGUGCCUGCCUGCUUCUCUUUGAUUUGAUGGCCUUUAUUCUUUCUAAUUGGAUAAAAUAGGAAGUCACUGGCAGUCCUGGGUUGCUGGGGUACUGAUUUUACUCAGACCAUCCAGAGCUCUAGAGUGUGGAGAGAGAGUGGUGGGGGCUGGGAGAGAAGAGAGGAAAAAAGAAACAGAGACAUCUUUGGAUGAGGAGGUACAAGAGAGAGAGAGAAAGAGAGAGACUAUGAAGACAGGAAGGACCACAGAGAAAGAAAGUGAAUGAGCGCUCAAGAAGGACAAAGAGGAGUGGUUGGGGGGUGGGGAUGGAAGCAGGGCGGGGAAGGGAGUGACCGCCCCUCCUGGCCGCACUCUUCCCUUCUGAUCCCUCGGUGAGGAGACUGUUUGCAGUGAUGCUCAGAGGGCAGGCACCUGCUGCCCUGUAAUGAUUCAGCCUCUUUCAGCCGCUGCGUUAACACAACAGGAUGUUGUUGCUACUGUCACUACUGCCGCUGUUGCCGCCGCCGCUACUGCCACCGCCGCCACCACCGCUGAUCCUGCUUUUGCUUUUACUUCUCCUGCAUGACAGUUGUUUUCUUCAUCUAAGCAGACAGCAGCUUCAGAUGCUGGAGGUGAGAAACCUGCCUUUUAGUUUGGGCUACUGGUUUACUUAAUUGAACAACAAUCCGCUGGUUUUCUAUUUUGGUCGCUGUUCCUUUGACAAGCCAGGAUGGUUUGAAGAAGCAUUGAAAAGAACUAGAAAAGUGGCCCAGAAACAGCAGCUAAAGAAUCACAAUAUACUUUUAUUUGGUAGUUGUUAGAAGCUUUAAGAAAAAAAAAUUUUUUUCCUUCCUCCUUCUUGAACUCCUCUUGCUUUUGAUAAUGGCCUUGGACUUGGACUACUUAUCGAUUUCCACUUAUAAGAUGCUGUCUCAUUUGGUUGGGGGGGACUCUGCAUGGUAAUGGACCAUGAGAGAGGCCAGGCCUUCUGGAGGUGAGCCGAUGGAGAUUUAUUCCCCAGACAUGUCUGAGGAAGCUGCCGAGAGGUCCUCCAGCCCCUCAACUCAGCUGAGUCCAGACCCAUCUCUUGAUGGGCUUCCGGCAGCAGAAGACAUGCCAGAGACCCAGACUGAAGAUGGGAGAACCCCUGGACUCGUGGGCCUGGCAGUUCCCUGUUGUGUGUGCCUGGAAGCAGAGCGUCUGAGAGGUUGUCUCAACUCUGAGAAAAUCUGCAUUGUCCCCAUUCUGGCUUGCUUAGUUAGCCUUUGCCUCUGCAUUGCCGGUCUCAAGUGGGUAUUUGUGGACAAGAUAUUUGAGUAUGACUCUCCUACUCACCUUGAUCCUGGGGGGUUAGGCCAGGACCCUCAUGAUGCACUGGAUUCAACUGCUGCCUCAGCUGUGUGGGUAUCAUCUGAGGCUCACACUUCACUUGUCCCUAGGGGUCAAUCUGAAACUGAGGUUCAAAUUACAGUACAAGGUACCAGUGCUGUUGUAGCCUCUGAACCUUCAGCCACACCAACCCCGAAGAAUCGUAUUUUUGCUUUUUCUUUCCUGCCAUCCACUGCACCAUCCUUCCUUCCACCCACUCGGAACCCUGAGGUGAGAACACCCAAGUCAGCAAUUCAUCCACAAACAACAGAAACUAAUCUCCAAACUGCUCCUAAACUUUCUACAUCUACAUCUACAGCUGGGACAAGCCAUCUUGUAAAAUGCGCAGAGAAGGAGAAAACUUUCUGUGUGAAUGGAGGCGAAUGCUUCAUGGUGAAAGACCUUUCAAACCCCUCAAGAUACUUGUGCAAGUGCCCAAAUGAGUUUACUGGUGAUCGCUGCCAAAACUACGUAAUGGCCAGCUUCUACAGUACGUCCACUCCCUUUCUGUCUCUGCCUGAAUAGGAGCAUGCUCAGUCGGUGCUGCUUUCUUGUUGCUGCAUCUCCCCUCAGAUUUCACCUAGAGCUAGAUGUGUUUUACCAGGUCUAAUAUUGACUGCCUCUGCCUGUCGCAUGAGAACAUUAACAAAAGCAAUUGUAUUACUUCCUCUGUUCGUGACUAGUUGGCUCUGAGUUACUACUAAUAGGUGUGUGAGGCUCCAAAUGUUUCUGAAGUUGAUAUUGAAUAAUGUAAUACAAAAUGAUAGUCAAUAUCAAACAGUGAAAUGACAAUAAAGGCAUUUAAAAGUCUCAGUUUUAUUGAUAAAAUAAAAAUCAUUCCACUAAACAGUCCAUCUUCUUUAUAAAAUGACAACAUUCAGAAAAGGAUGUUGCUAAAUUGUAAUCCAUAUACAACUGAAAUGAUGGUAAGUUAAUUUUGAUUGACAAUGUGUUAUUUAUAACAAAUAAACAUAAUAAAAAGAGUUCAGGUGUUUCUCUUCAUUAACCAAA